AUGUUCACCCAUCUUUUAUUCGCAAUCCUAGUCGCCCUCCCAGUAGUCCGCGCGGGCGGCUGGGACGACUUCUCAAACAAUCUCGCAACCGAUCUUGCGCCAUUCCUAUCCCUCUUCGGUGAACAAAUCACGAAGCAGUACCUCAGCGAGAGCAUCACGAAAACCGAUUACUUCAUUUUCGCAAUGGCGCCGAUGGGAAUCCUCACAGGGGUCGUCUCUGCUAUUCGUGUGUGUGGGACUCCAUCUCUACGUGCGUUUAUCGGUAGAGCUCAAGAAGGAGCGGGAAAUGCGGAGGCUGAGCUCUGCACCUCGACCAGUCGGGAUGUGUGUGAGCUCUAUAACAGUGGUGGCAUUGCGCGCGUCUUCGGCCGUCCAAAGAUUCUAGAGGUGGUCCACGACCCUGAUCAUGUCUUCAGCAAUUCGAGCGAUGACACGGCCGGAAUAUACACAUUUCAGCAAUACCUUGAAAAACACAAGGGUAAGGCGCUAUGGCGAAAGAGAAUAAAGCAGAAGGGCAAAGCGCUGUGGCGAAAGGAAACACCGGAGAAAACACACGAGGACACCGAGUCAGGCUGCAAAUCGGAUACCUUCGAAUCGAAUGUACCCCUUACGACUUUUGCUCCGAAUCUCUCUCUCAAUAUCGGAAUCAAGAAACAACCGACCUAUGUUUUCUACACAAUUGCUAUUGUUGGCCUGAUUCUGCAGGUCGGUGUUUUAGUCUUUGCUGGUAUUGCGACAUACUACCUGAAAUGGGGCAACGAUGACAGCCCCCCCCGAAUCCUAUGCAUGUCCACUGUGGGUCGGAGCACCCAGGAAGAUAUCUGGGACCGCCAAGAAAAUGAGACCGACAAAUUGUGUAUGUAUUGGGUACAGCCUGGCGGUCAAAUCAUAGGCGAUCAAACCUUUGACGCAUUCUCUCACACGGAUUGCGACAACAAAUUGAAGAGAUACAUAACUUCAAGGAAGAACGGGUCCCAGGAACCGAAUUUUGAAGUCUGGAUAGCUAUUGGCACCACUAUCUCUGGCUUUGUCUUACAAUUCACCGGGCUUCGUGGUAUACAUUCGGCAGUCUCCAUCGCCCAGCUGGGAGUCAUUAUGAUCAUGAGCACGGCUCGCGCUGCACUCCGCAUGCAGCGACUAAAACCCGAUGAUAACUGCUUUGCUAAAUUUCCGGAUGAGGUUGUUGGUCACGAACUCGACUGGCUCGCCUUGCGCAUUGGCCGUGAUGUUAUUGAUAAAGACAUCAAAAGGGAUGCGGAUUCACCGACACCUAGAUCAUCAUCUUCUGGUCAGCCAGACAAGAAAUUAUCUGACUCGUCACCCCUUGAUAGUCAAUGCCGCCCCUUUUGGAGACUUUGUGGUGCACCUGACAUAAAGAGAAUGAACCUCGAACAUCCAUUUCCCAACAAGCGUCAAAAUGCAGCCGCCAUAUUGUUGGCGUAUCGAACUCGACUUGCAUCGCUGACUGAUUCAUCUACUUCAUCGGCGAGGGAUUUCAAGAAUGAAAUGGUCGAGGUCCGAAGCAAGAGUCGGCAGUUAGCUGAUUUGAUCGAGGCUACCUUGAAGAUAAUUUUCUCCAUGGCCGAGAUCAAGGCAGGGUGGAAAGUCAAGAUCCAGCGAGAGCCGAAAGAAGCCCAAUCGAUGUUUUGGGGCAUCGAUUGCACCAUCGGCAAACAAGUAAACGACAACCCAGAGAGGCAGACAAUUUACCUGGAAUUAGCUCAAGAUCCAGGAGCUCCAGGAAGCCCUUGGUUAUUGAAAAACAGACUGGAGCUAGAAGGAAUCCUCGGUCUGUGGGUUUGGUCGUUAAAGUCUGAUCCAGCAAUAGAAAUCGAAGACCUAGAGACUGGUCUCACGAAAUCUACGGCUGAUAAUAUUCAGUCACGGCGGAUUGUUCCAACAGACAGAGCCAUCAAAAUGGAUUUGGACAUAUGGCUCGGUGACGACAUAAAUAUAAUUACACACGAGGAAUACGCUCUACCCGCCGAAGUCGUUGACCAUAGAGACGCAAGCACUUUAUGGACAAAAACGGGUCAGAAGGAUGCGACAGCCAGGAAAAAUUCUUCGUCAGCUAUACAGUCCCUCCCGCCACGGGUUCGUUUCUUUGGCAGGAGAGCUGCAGAAUUGUCGCAGAGUCAAGACUCUAAUAGUUCCAAAAAGUUUUCCGCUGCGAUUAAAGGCUCCCUUGUGUCGGCUUGUGCCCAGGAGGUGUUUGUAUCAUUUUUUACGAGCAUUCUUGACAUCGUGGAUGACUUUGGACCUGUUAAAGUUCAAGAGGACAAAGGGUUUCGACUCGAGAAUAGUCUAGUGACUGAGAUUGUUAGACUGUUUACGGAAAUGAGAUUAGGCUCAAGGCAGGAAGCUGCACUUUGUGUUAUGCCUUUGUUGAUUCCUCGACUCAAAACACCUUCUGCAAUAAGUGCCUUGGAAGCAGUAAGGAAAAGCACCAAGGAGCGACGACGGUUCAAUGAGUGGAACAAGGCAGAAACAACGUUACGGUGGGUAUGGAACAUCUGCACUCAAACACAGCAUGGUUGUGCAGAUGUAAUUAAUGAACCCAAGGAUCAGAAACUCGCCGAGCAAGCGACAAUUGCUCUGUGCGAGUUAUACCGAUGGGCCUUGAUGGAUGAGAGCACAAGAGCAUUUGGCAAGAAAGGAAUUUCUUGGCUCCAGAAUGAGAAGUCUCGCCGUCUUGUGCACCAAGUUAUUGAUCACUACGUUCAUGUUGCGGAUCGAAUCGCGCAACCCGAAGCCAGUAGUGCCGACCUUCUAGCCGCGAUAGAAAAAGAAAACUUGACAUCAGCACUUCUUCUUGUCACUUAUCCGGCAUCCAAGAUGGAGAAUGAACAGAAAGGGAAAGCCCUUCUUUUGGCGGCGAUGCAUGGAUGGGCCCAGGUGGUAUUUGCACUGCUGCAAUUAAUAAGUAGCCCGGACUUCCGAGACAGCAGAGGCAGAACGCCACUGUCAUAUGCGGCACAAAAAGGGCAUAUCGACGCCCUUACAGAGACGCCUUUAUCGUAUGCGUCAGAAGCAGGGUUUCAAGAAGUGACUAGGCUGUUACUGAGAGACAGUCGUGUUUCCCCCGACAAUAGGGACAACGAUGGACGGACGCCGCUAUGGUGGGCGGCACAAAUUGGACAUAAAGACAUUGUCACACAGCUCCUCCUGAAUAAAAAGGUCGAUCCGGACGCGAUGGACAACAAUGGACUGACGCCGCUAUGGUGGGCGGUACAGAAUGGACAUAAGGACAUUGUCACACAGCUCCUCCAGAAUAAAAAGGUCAAUCCAGACACAAUGGACAACAAUGGACGGACGCCGCUAUGGGGGGCGGUACAGAAGGGACAUAAAGACAUUGUCACACAGCUCCUCCUGAAUAAAAAGGUUGAUCCGGACGCGAUGGACAACUAUGGACUGACGCCGCUAUGGUGGGCGGUACAGAAUGGACAUAAGGACAUUGUCACACAGCUCCUCCAGAAUGAAAAGGUUAAUCCGGACGCAAAGGACAACAAUGGACAGACGCUGCUAUUGUGGGCAGUACAGGAGGGACAUAAGGACAUCGUUACGCAGCUCCUCCUGAAUAAAAAGGUUGAUCCGAACGUAAAGGAUAACGAUGGACGGACGCCGCUAUGGGCGGCAGUACAGGAGGGACAUAAGGAUAUUGUCAUACAGCUUCUCCAGAAUAAAAAGGUCGAUCCGGACGCGAUGAACAACGAUAGACUGACGCCGCUAUGGGGGGCGGUACAGAAUGAACAUACGGACAUUGUCAUACAGCUCCUCCAGAAUGAAAAGGUUGAUCCGGACGCAAGGGCCUACAAUGGACGGACGCCGCUAUGGUGGGCAGUACAGAAGGGACAUAAGGACAUUGUCACACAGCUCCUCCAGAAUGAAAAGGUCGAUCCGGACGCGAAGUCCCACAUUGGACUGACGCUGCUAUGGUGGGCAGUACAGGAGGGACAUAAGGACAUCGUUACACAGCUCCUCCUGAAUAAAAAGGUUGAUCCGAACGUAAAGGAUAACGAUGGACGGACGCCGCUAUGGGGGGCAGUACAGGAGGGACAUAAGGACAUUGUCACGCAGCUCCUCCAGAAUGAAAAGCUUCUCCAGAAUAAAAAGGUUGAUCCUGACGCAAAGGAUACUUUUGGACAGACGCCGCUAUGGGGGGCAGUACAGAAGGGAUAUAAGGAUAUUGUCAUACAGCUUCUUCUGAAUAAAAAGGUCGAUCCAGACGCAAAGGACAACUAUGGACGGACGCCGCUAUGGGGAGCAGUACAGGAGGGACAUAAGGACAUUGUCACACAGCUCCUCCAGAAUGAAAAGGUUGAUCCUGACGCAAAGGAUAAAUUUGGACAGACGCCGCUAUGGGGGGGCAGUACAGGAGGGACAUAA